AUGGGAUGCACUAAGGAACAGGCAGUGGCUAAUUUCAUGGCUUUUCAAUGUACCAUCCCUAGCUCAGAUAUUGUAAUCUUUUCAGAUGGAUCUAGGCUAGUAGACAGACGUGCAGGGGGUGGCUAUAUUGGACUUCAAGCACACUAUCAGUUCCUCUGCUCCUCACUCUCAUACGGACAUGGGAAAGAGGUCUUCAACGCAGAAGCAGAAGCAGCUCUAGCUGGCGCUCAAGCAGCAAUAGAUCUUUCUAAGAAAUCUUUGAAUCUUUCCGCACCCUUGCAGUUGCCUAGCCACUUCGCAAAAGGCUUCCUCACACUAAAAGCGGAUCUAUCUAAAUCCGAUGGGUCCCUGGACACGCCAAAAUCCCUGAGAACAAAGCGGCUGAUCUCGCUGCCAAAGAGGGAGCUGCCUCAAUCCCUCCUGCUCCUCACAAAUUCUCAUACGCCCUGCUAA